CGCGUGGGUGUCAUUGGCAUGUUGGCCAACAACCUCCUGCCCUACCCAGCUGGAGCCAUCCCCUGGCCACCUGAGGCCUGCAGGGUGGGUGGGAGGACCAGGGAUGGGGACGGAGAUCGGGAGCCUUGGCCUCCGUCGCAGGGUGAGCAAGAGAUGCUUGGCUGGGAGUACGGCUGGUCCUUGGUGCGCUGCCUUUUUUUUCCUGAGGGGAUUCUACUCAGGGAGGCAGAGUCUAGGUGACCUCGUUUCUAGGGGCAGGACAAGAACAGCCAGGACGGGGAUGUGGCCGUUGCCGUCUACCUCCAUCCUGGGGAGCUGACAGGGGCUUCUGGGAAAGGCCUGGGGUACCAGAGCCAGCUAAGGCAGGUCUCCCACCCCUUACCCUGGGGGUCUCCAUGGGAAUGAGAGCCGGGAAUUCAUGGGCACCCAGCUCAGUCGAGGAGGCGGGACCCAGUGCAGCCUGGCCCCUCCCUGCAUCAAGACCUCAAAUACUGGCCCCUGCCCUGGUGCCAGAGCUGCUGCCAGAGAGUCAGCGCAGUCCUGUGUCGGGUGUGCCCCCAGCCUAGACCAGGAUCCCCAUUCCUCCAGGACCCCUGAGCCUUAGGCCGCAGCGCCCACAUCCCAGGCGGCCGCGUCUGUCCCCCUCAGCCCCGCGCUCCCCUCCAUGGGCUGGCCCCGGGCUCUGCUGGCCACGCUCUGGGCGCUGGAAGCCGCCGGGGCCGCGGCGCUGCGCAUCGGAGCCUUCAACAUCCAGAGCUUCGGGGACAGCAAAGUGUCGGAUCCGGAUUGCGGCCGCAUUAUCGCGAAGAUCCUGGCUGGCUAUGAUCUCGCGCUGGUGCAGGAGGUGCGAGACCCGGACCUCAGCGCCGUGUCCGCGCUCAUGGAGCUGAUCAACAGCGUGUCCGAGCACGAGUACAGCUUUGUGAGCAGCCAGCCCCUGGGCCGGGACCAGUACAAGGAGAUGUACCUGUUCGUGUACAGGAAGGACGCGGUGUCGGUCGUGGACACCUACCAGUACCCGGACCCUGAAGACGCAUUCAGCCGCGAGCCCUUCGUCGUCAAGUUCUCGGCCGCUGGUCUAGGUGAGCGGGGCCCCGGCCCCUCCCCUUCCGCCGGCCCCAGCCCUCCCCUCCUCCCGCCCCUGACGGCCCCACCCCUUCCCGCAGCUGCGCGGGAGCUGGUCCUGAUCCCGCUCCACGCGGCGCCCCACCAAGCCGUGGCGGAGAUCGAUGCGCUCUACGACGUGUACCUGGACGUGAUCGACAAGUGGGGCAUGGACGACUUGCUGUUCCUUGGCGACUUCAACGCGGACUGCAGCUACGUGCGGGCGCAGGACUGGGCCGCCAUCCGACUGAGGAGCAGUGAGAUCUUCAAGUGGCUCAUCCCCGACAGCGCCGACACCACAGUGGGCAACUCGGACUGCGCCUACGACCGGAUCGUGGCCUGCGGCGCCCGCCUGCGCCGGAGCCUGAAGCCCCAGUCGGCCACCGUGCACGACUUCCAGAGGGAAUUCCACCUGGACCAAGCUCAGGCUCUCGCCAUAAGUGACCACUUUCCGGUGGAGGUGACCCUCAAGUCACACCGAUGACCUGAGGCCUGGCUGGGAUAUGCCACCUGCAGACGCUGGCCUUGAGGAAUGGCCCCAUAGUGGCCCCUUCAGCAUGGCAGCCACCCCUCAGUGAGGCCCCAAGGCAGGGUCUGUGGGGCAUGGACCAGGGGCCAUGGACACAUGACGGGCUGCUCCGAGCCUCCGUUCCCCAUCUGUGAGAUGAGCUACAUCCACCAACCUCAUGGGGUGUUGUGAGGAGCCCCACAAGGGGUGCCAGGCACACUGCCUCACAGACAUCUGCUCAAUAAACGAGCUGCUCCCAGCUGGGCCCCGCA